AUGGAAGACGACAGCAACAGCACGGCCAAUGGACAAGCGACGCCGAGGCCGAGGCCGACGAGCCAGGAACCCCCCGCAGCGCCGAGCGACACCGGAGCAGCAGGCCAAGAUGAAAAGCAGCACGACACCUUCGACUCGCUCAACAUCCUCUCCGAACUAGCAAGCUCAGCAGUCAGCCAGCAGCAGCACGACCAUCCCCAAGAACAAGAACAGCAGCAGCUGAACUCGAUCUCAGACAACGCAUUCCAAGCCCUCCUCCUCGCAUCGCUCUCAGACCAGUUCCCCACCCACGCCUCCUCAUCAUCCUCAAGCUCAUCCCAUGCAUCCCACAAGCAGCCCGCCCCCUCCACCCAACACACCGCGCCCACCGCGCCCGCCGCCCACGCCCAGCAGCUCAUGAGCCAGCACCAGCACGCCCAGGACCUGCUGUCGGCCCUCUCCGCCCUCCAGACGACCGCCGACGCCGGCCAGCUGGACCCCCCCGGACCCCCACACGACAUGUAUCAUCAUCAUCAUCACCAGGAGCUGGACUUCGACGACCCCACCCUCUUCUCGCCGUUCGAUGCCGACCAGGAGCAGAUGGCCAGCCAGCAGCAGCCCGUCCAGCAGCAGCACCAAGACCUGCUCAGCCAUCUCGACUCCCAGCUCGACCUCUACAGCCUCCCCGCCCUCGACGACCACGACGCCCACCAUCACCAGUUCGACUUCCUGUUCGAUAACGACUACCAGGCCCAACAGCAGCAGCAGCAGCAGCAGCAGCCCGAAAACGACCCCUACUAUCUCCCCCACCAACCCGUCUACCAGCAGCAGCACGAAGACACCGACGAUCUGCUCGCCAGACUCGACGAAGGCAUCCGGAACACCCAGCAGGAAAUCGCGCUCACCAAGCUCGACGCCGUCGUCGAGCACUCCCUGUCUCUGAACCAGGACUACCUGGAGCAGAUCAAGAAGACCCUCGCCAACCUCGCCCUCCUGCACGCCAAAGCCCGCCACUUCCUCACGGUCUCGAAGCAGUGUGUGGACGAGCUCGAGCAGCAGCAGCAGCAGCAGCAGCCGCAGCCGGGCCCGCUCGCGUCGUCGUCGAGGCUCCCCCCGCCGCCCGGAUACGACCCGACGGCGGCGAACCUCGCGCUCGUCUCCGACCAGGUCUCGGCCAUCUCGCUGCCCUGGUUCAAGCACAAGUUCGGCGUCGACUUGCCCAGCUUCGACGACGCCCGCAAACGGGAGCAGUACAAUGGGCUCCUCCACAACCAACCAUGGCAGCCUCCUGAGCGGCGCAAGUUGGAUGAGGAGGUGGCGGGGAUGCUGCGUGUGCGCGGGGCGGAGAAGGGGACGAUCGACUGGGCGCGCGUGGCGCUGAACUUCCCGGACCGCAAGCCGAUCGAGUGCAAGAUCCAGUGGACACAGAAGCAGGACCCGGCGCUCAACAAGGCCAAGUGGACGGCAGGGGAGAUCGACCAGCUGUUCGAGAUCGUGAAGAAGUUUGAGCACAAGCGCUGGGACCGGAUCGCCCAGGAGCUCGGCACGGGGCGGACGGCGUCGGAGUGCGUGAAGCAGUUCCGGAUCGUCACGCAGGAGAAGCGCGAGUGGACGGAGACGGAUGAUCUGUUGCUGAAGGAGGGUGUGUCGACGUACGGGCAGAACUGGCAAGCAGUGGCGAACCACUGUGGGCGGUCGUCGAACCAGUGCAUCAACCGGUGGAGCAAGACGCUGCGGCCGGACAUCAAGAAGGGCAAGUGGGACCCUGUGGAGGACGAGGCGCUGAAGAGCGCGGUGGCGGCGUGCGGGAUGGUGUGGAAGGACGUGGCGCCGCGGGUGCGGGGGCGGACGGAUGCGCAGUGCCGGGAGCGCUGGUGCAACAUCCUCGACCCGCGGAUCGUCGUGGGCAACUGGAGCGCCGAGGAGGACUCGAAGAUCCUGCGGAUGCGCGAUGUGGAGCGCAAGACGUGGAGCGAGAUCAGCAAGAGCUUUGACGGGCGGCGGACGGACAACCACGUGAGUGCGGUCGAGUGA